AGCCGCCGCCGGGGAGAAGGGAGAAGGAGGGGAGAGAAGGAGGCGCCGGAUCCAAUGAGGGGCGGCAUCCCGGGGCACCGCGCCGCCGGCUCGCCCCAGCCCCGGCCCCCCGCCGGCCCCGCUCCGCCCCCCGGCCCCUCCGCCCCAGCCUGCCCGGCGGCCCUCUUUCACCCCCCCAACCUCACCAACUUUCCUGCCCGCCCGGUGACCGCCCGGCGGGCCGGGGGAAAGCGGCAGCGGCUGGGGCAAGGGCAGCGGCAGGGCCGGGCAUGCCGGCGGCGGCGGGCGACGGGCUCCUGAGCGAGCCGCCGGCCGUGGCGGGCAGCGGCGGCGGCGGGGAGGCGCGGAAGGCGGCGGCGGCGGCGGCGGCGGGCGCGGAGGUCAGCUUUCUGUCCGCCUGGCUGAGCGCGGCGGCGGCGGCGCCGCGGGAGCGGCUCCGCGACUUCCAGCACACCAAGCGGGUGGGCAACUACCUGAUCGGCAGGAAGCUGGGAGAAGGCUCCUUCGCCAAGGUCCGGGAAGGGCUGCACGUCCUCACCGGAGAGAAGGUGGCAGUGAAAGUAAUUGACAAGAAAAGAGCCAAAAAGGACACGUAUGUCACCAAGAAUCUGCGACGGGAAGGGCAGAUCCAGCAAAUGAUCCGCCACCCAAAUAUUGCUCAGCUGCUGGAUAUACUGGAAACUGAAAACAGCUACUACCUUGUGAUGGAGCUGUGCCCUGGUGGCAACUUGAUGCACAAGAUCUAUGAGAAAAAAAGGCUGGAGGAGCAUGAAGCGCGCAAAUAUAUCCGGCAGCUUAUCCUGGCAGUUGAACAUCUUCACCGGGCAGGAGUAGUUCACAGAGACUUGAAGAUAGAAAAUCUGUUGCUAGAUGAAGACAACAAUAUCAAGCUUAUUGACUUUGGAUUGAGCAACUGUGCAGGCAUCUUGGGUUAUUCUGAUCCAUUCAGCACCCAGUGUGGGAGCCCAGCAUAUGCAGCCCCUGAACUUCUGGCAAGGAAAAAAUACGGGCCCAAAAUAGACGUUUGGUCCAUUGGAGUGAACAUGUAUGCAAUGUUGACUGGAACAUUACCUUUUACCGUGGAGCCAUUCAGCUUGAGAGCUUUAUACCAGAAAAUGGUGGACAAAGAAAUGAACCCUUUUCCCACACAGCUCUCUACAGCGGCCAUAAACUUUCUACGAUCUCUACUAGAGCCAGAUCCUGCAAAGAGACCAAACAUCCAGCAGGCACUCGCAAAUCGAUGGCUUAAUGAGAAUUACCCUGGAAGAGCACCACCUAAUGUCACAUACCCAAACAGGAUUCACCUUGAGGACCUCAGCCAGAGUGUGCUGCUCCAUAUGACUGAGAAGCUCGGCUACAAGAACAGCGACGUCAUCAACACUGUGCUCUCAAACAGGGCAAGUCACACACUUGCCAUCUACUUUCUGCUUAAUAAGAAGCUGGAGCGCUACUUGGCAAGCCUUAGGAAGUCUGAAGGCCAGGACAAUAUUUGCCACAAGAACCAACUAUACCAGAUAGAAAAAUACAAGGCAAAUAAAGACUCCUAUGAGGACAAAAAACUCAAAGAACAAGAAAAGAAAGGGGAGAUUCUUCACCGUCAGCUCCCAAAGAAAACUGAGAAAAGUCCAGUUUCAUAUAGACAGCCUUCUUCCUGUCUUAUCUCACAGAUACAGAACACCAAGGCUCUGCUGAAGGACCGGAAAGUCACCAAGGCUGGAGGUCCGGAGAAAGACUCCAGCGGUGGGGUAAGCCCUUUCCACGAACCCCUGGCAAACAAGACGGGCUGCGUCACUUCCAGCUCCCUGGAGUACCUCGAAGCCCAGCAGCCGCCCCCCAGAACCCCCCGGCUCCUCAAGAGGCAGGAGUCCCCACAGCAGGAGCCGGCCCGGAUCGGGGGCCGGGCGAAGGACUCUCCUCUCAUCCUGAAUAUCGUGCACUCCUUCGAGUCGGUUGACAGAGAGGACCAAAUAGACCAGGUUUCCCCUUCUCAUCAGUACAGGGCUUUAGGCUCGCCAAUGAAUUUCCCUUACAAAAGCUCAAGUGAAAGGACACUGUCCCCGCUUUUUCAGCCAGGGAGUACGUCCCCCGUCCACCCCACCCAAGUCUCUUUCACCUAUGAAGAAAAAGCGUAUCCGGGAAAGGAAGAAGCAGUGUCCCCUACUCAGCUGGUUUCCAACAACCCCUUGGGCAGCCCUAACUGUGUUAAAAGCAGAGGCAGAUUCCCCAUGAUGGGGAUCGGACAGAUGCUGCGGAAGAGGAACCAGACGAUGCAGUCGGCGAACGACAAGCCUCUGGAAGCGAGGAUGCCUCAGCUGCAGCAGAUGAGCCCCACGCAGAUUUCCUUCAACGCAGCAGAUGCUGUCAGCGGCCAGUGUUAGUCUGACACCCCGGGAUUUGCACUGCUCUUCUCUGGGACCUAGCCUUUUUUACUUUUAACAAGAAGGGAAAGCCACAGGCAUGUUACUGUCGCUAUGUAAUACACUACAGUGGCCCAAGGUAGAAAAUCAGAGGUCUGUUCGUAAGGAAGGCGUUGUCAUACAUCUGGAAGUUGAAAGAAAAGGGCUUUGCUUGUGCCGUUAAGAAAUAUUAGCAUUUGGCAUCUGACUGUACAGCACAACGUGUCUUGAAAGAGCUACGUGAAUAUGUAUUUUCGCUGCUCUCGCAUAGUAUUGCGGUAAGGUUGAUUGGAAGAGCAGCGAGCCUUAAGGGUUUGAUUCAUCAAGGUAAUCUGCGUGGUGCCAUGAAUGCCGGUCCCAUUCAGGAUCCCUGGUAAGACUGUCCGUCCUCCAUCUGCCUGUGCCGCACAGUACGUGGUACUGCUACAGGCAUUGUUCACGUGGCUAGACAAGUGGAAAAACUCAAGAUACUAUGCCUAAAGUUAGUUUGCUAACAAGCACUGCCAAAAUGAAGUUGGUAGAAGCUUGAAUAAAGACACAAGUGAUCUAAACAUUCGGAAAAAGUGGGAGUAUUGGAAGUCAAAGCAGAUUUUACUGUUAGUUACAUAAAGUAGCUAAUACCGGAAUAAUUUUUUUCCUAAAGAAAAUGAUGAUUUAAUUAUGUCACUCAGAAGAAAAGUUAUUGUUUCAAAACAAAUUUCAUGACAUGGAAAUUUACCGCACUAGAGGCCCGUUCCUUUCAUAUGGUGGGCCUGCAAGCGGAUGCUUCAAACCGUAAUCCAGAUUGCAACACGCUGUGUUUAAACAAUCCAGUCACCUCCGAUUUUUGUAGUUGUACUAGUUCCAUGGCACGCCUACAUGCAGGACUGCAUUAGCCCCUGUUACAGCAAGGCAGCAUUGGACACACCUGACGGCUUUUCUGAGAGACUGCAGUGAAUUAAAAAGACUAAUAAAGGACACACGAACUGUACCAAUGCCAUUUUAUACUGCAAGAUUGGUAAUGCAGUGGUUACCAAGAAUUCGGUAUUGUUAUGAGCGGUGAAGAUUAACUUUCUUAAAAGGCACCACGUUCUGCAUACCAGUCUUCUUUUUCUAAGUAAAUGAUACAUCUGAGAGGUUGGCAACAUUUUUUUGGUUCUGUUUUUGUCUUCAAACCAUUUCCUAUAAAUUAGAAGGUUUAGCCAAAGACUACUCUUUUCUUUCGUCUGUACCGCGCUUGCGUAUGUGUUUGUGUGUACAGGACAUCUCAACAAAGCUUGUUCCAGUCUGGUUCCCAGGCGGGCAGCCCUGGCCCACGUAUGCACCACUGCUGCCCACCCACUUAAUGUCAUUUCAAAACCAGGCAGCAGAGGCCGAGACCAUUGGUAGGAAUCCAAGCUCUAUUUUUACCAGUAUGUUUUGCAAAGUAUUUUGUAGCCCCGUUGCUUUGUUGUCUGUGCAAACGCUGAGAGUUUCCCCUGUUUUUCAUGAGACUCAGCGGGACUGGGGGAGGACGGUCAGCAGAGGCAGGGGAGAAGGUCUCCAGCAGAGCCCAUGUUCCCGAUUCUCAGCCUUGCAUCAAAAUCUGCAAGAAAAAAAAUGGUCGUUAAUCCAAAUACCUACAGAACAGAUAACUGGACUGUUCAGUAUUUUGGAUGCUUGCUGGCAAAACCAGCAGAGCGUGAAUGCCCAGAGCGCCCUUCUCAUCCCUACAGAUGGGACCUUCACCUUGGCACUGAAGCCGCCCGUCAGUUCGGUACGAGGGAAUCCAUAUGCGUCUUGUACUCAUUCAGUGUAGUGAGGGCACCCGCCUCUGGGGUAGUUAAGCUACCUGCAAAAUAAUAUACAUAAAAAUCUCAGUAUGAUUAAGAAGGACAGCCCCGAAAUAGUUUUUCUCAUUUUUAGAUUGGAAAAAUGUCAUCGUCCAUUUGUACAGAGCACCUGGGCGUCCCAGGGGUCCAUUUUAGUUCUUCCUUUCGUUUAAAAUCAUCAAUGCGUUUUCUUUUUCUUCAUGCUAAGAACAUGUUUACUCUGCAAAGCUAGCAAGCGGGGACCACUGAAAUCCCAUCUUUUGCGUGCGUUGGAUUUGCAUACCUGAACAGAUGGCAGAUACUGACUUGAAUUACAAACUCAGGUUUAUUUGGAACCCAAUAAAAGGUUGGGGGAGGCAGGAGAGAGACAUGUAUUUUUUGUGAAAACCCAGUAAAUAUGUGUAAGAAUCAGAAUGAAAACAGAAAUGUUAAAUCUUUUAUUAUAUUUAUAGAGAAUAUAUGAGUACUACACUGCUAAAACAUAACCAUGUAUCCAGCUUAGACAGUAGCUAUGUACAGUCAAUCUGCAGUGACCAUAGAAGGGAUUUACUGAAAUACAGUAGUGGAAAUUCCAGGGGACAAAAUUGUAUUUGUUAUCAUUAUUAAAUAUAUGUACUUUUUGAACAAGAUUGCCACGGACUGCUGACUUUGUUUGCCAGGUGACUAUGUAGCAAGGAUUAUCUAAGUACAAAAACAAUCAGCAAGACGGUGAGGUGACAAGAGGAUUGCCAGCACCUUUAUCUUCAUCCAUCAGAGGCUAUUCCUUUGAAUC